UUUCAGCUCUGUGAAAACAAGCAGUUCUAUCCUGAAGAUGGGACAUUAGGACAUUAGUUGCUGCUUAUUACCUUAAUAUUUCACAUCAUGCCGUACUCCAAAAGUCCAAAUAAUAAAAAAGGCCAUAUCCGACAAUUAAUAUACUUAAGUCCAGACUCCAAAGUACAGAGAUGUACUGCGCGAACUUACAAUAUUUAAAAAAAUGUAAAUCAUCUCCCAAUUAAUAGAAACAGAGACAAUGACAAAUGAGGAGAUUCAAAGAUAAAAACCUCCUCCUCCAAGAAGAGCUGAUCAAUACCCGAAAAAAAGCCAACACUCUUGCACAAUGGAGAGGGAUGUAGGAGGAGGAGGAGAAAUGGGAGGAGGAGGAGAAAUGGGAGGAGGAGGAGGAGAGAUGUCACCAGGAGCUGGUGGGAUGGAGAGCGGGGAGAUGAACUCUAACACUGACUGGUGGUUGUGGGUGAUGCUGACUUUCUUUUGCUUCGCUUGCAUAGUCGUGUUCAUCAUCAUUAUAUUUGAGGAUCCAGAAGUCAGGGCAGUAUCUAGGCAACAGGCCAGACGGCUAAGCGACUGGUACAAUGAGAGAUACCGGCAGGAUGAGAUGAUAAUGCUGUCCCAACACCGACAACAGGAACCCAAUCCUCCUUUAUACCAAACAAUAGUUCCUCCAACCUACCAGUAUCAGAAACCCCCAACACCAAGUGAACCUCCUCCAAAGUACGAAGAAUGGCCAGAAAGCGGUUCACCUAACAACCAACCUAACAACCAACCUAACAACCAACCUAACAACCAACCUAACAACCAACCUAACAACCAACCUAACAACCAACCUAACAACCAACCUAACAAUUCACAAGACCAAUCUCCAGUAGAACCCCCAGCAGCCUCUCCCUCUGAUCCCCCUCCAGAGACGAGUGAUGGACAACCAGAAUAUUCUCGAAGAGGGAAAGUAAAGAAAACAAGAUUUUCACCUUUGCUGCAGCAGAUAAAGAGUCUCGAAGGAAAUAAGCUGUUGAACAGUGGACACAAUCUGUUUGUUAGAAAAUGUGAUAGUAAUAAUGCUAAAAAUACUAGCAAUGAAAUUCCCCAACGAUCAGAGGAAUCAUUAGUCUACGAAUUUAGGACACAACCAAUCAACCCUUUUGAAGUUCGGUGAAAUGGUCUUCUUCCUCUCCCUUCAGAUCUAAAUCUCCGAUGAUGAUAAAAAAGAUUGGAUUAACAUCUAAUGACGAAUUUAGUAUUGAUCAUCAAAUAAGAGCUGGUGGCUUUGAUUAACUAUCAUUUGGGCAAGAUGCGGACUUGAAUAUAGCCUGGGCAUUUGUCAAAUUUGUACGUAGUAAAAUGAAACUGCAUUUCUAAUAUAACAUACUGAGAUGAUCUAUUAAAUAUUUGUGAUAUAAUGUUUAUUUGUUUUAUCUCAUCUUAAGCC